AUGCAUAAUCAAUAAAAUAGCCCAAAUAAAUGUCCCUCAUAAGCAAUUAGAUUUAGCAAAGAAUUAUUAGCUUAUCUAAAAGUGAUAAGAACAUUCUUGAAAUCUAGUUUUUUAUUUUAAAAUAUCAAAAUAGUAUAAACGCAGAUUAGCAAAGAAGAUAAAGUACGCUUAUAUAAAGGAUUUACUUAAAGCAUAUAAAAAAUGCCUAUUAAUUAUAAAAAAGUCAAGAGAAAUCCACUAAAUAAUCAUUAAAGACAUUAUACAAGACAUUCAACAUAUUUUACUUGGAAUAAUAAAGAUCAGAGAUCAAGUAGAAUUUAGAAGAAUAAAGCAGAACAAUUCCUUUAUAAAAUGUAAAGUCAAAUCAAUUUAAAAAAGGAAUAUUUUAUAUUACAAAAUUGCCAAAAUGUUAGAAUGAUUAAAAGUAAUUACUCAUAUUUAUUAAUUUUAAUAGCAAUUAUAUCUUAAAUUUAUCUACCUAUGUAUUUAUUUUUAUGUCUGUCUAAUACAUUUUUAUUUGCAGUUGUAGUUGUUGUCUUUCUGUUCUUAAUCAAAUGA